AUGAGUUCGUCUGAAAAAAAAACAAUAAGAAUCCUUUCUGUAUUACCUUUGAAUAGUCGGAAUUAAGAUCCAUAUCAAAUUUAACCAGACCAAAAAUAAAAUGAUUUAGGCUUUCCAUAAUAGAAAAUAUUUAGAAACAGCUCAAAUUACGAAUAGGGAACUAGAUAAACUUUACUCCCUCACAAUAAAAUUCCAUCUAAUGAGUUUGGAUUAUAAUCAUCAUAGCAUAUUUAAUAGAAUCGUGUUAAUUCAUUAAUGGUUGAUAAAAGCUAAUAAAAUACCUCUCAACGAAAAGUCCCUAAAAAGAUUAUAUGUAUCCCAAAUCCUCAAAAAAAUUUAAGGAUUAAAGUAAUUAAAUCAGAGGACACGUCUAAAAUGCCAAUUUCAAUGAGUUCUAAUGAAUAAUAUUCGUAACCAAAGUAUCAAGAUAAUCAUAGAUAACUAUAUAUGGCACAAAUUGAUCCACAUUCGCAAAAUAGAACCCAGCAACCAAAUAAUUAAUCAAGACAUAUUAUUGAAAAAUAAAUAUAUUAGUAAUAUUUUGAGUAGAACACAUAAUAGCACUAAUAGAAAUAACACUUUUAAUAAUAGUAAUAAUCAUCAAAGUAACAAUAAACAUAAUAAUAAUAUGAUUAAGAGUAAUUAAUCUAAAUCUUAAAGUUAUAAUAAUAGAAAAAAUUAUUAUAAAAAUAGUAAUAGGAAUAGGAAGAGGAAAGCCUAUAAUAAUUGUAAUCAAACAAAUACUUUUUAUAGUCAUAAUAAUAGUAAUGGUAACAAUAAUAAUAGUAAUGGUAACAAUAACAAUAAUAAUAGUAAUGGUAAUAAUAAUAAUAAUAAUAAUAAUAAUAAUAAUAAUAAUAAUAAUAAUAAUAAUCAGAUCAAGAAGAAGAACAAAUUCUAGCAAACACUCUGUUUCAGACUGUUUAACUAACUUGUUUCAAAUGUAAAACAUAAAUAAGUAAAAAUAUAUAUUCCUUGAAAUGUUAACAUUUUUAUCACUAUGAUUGUUUUCUUGAGUUGGUAGAAAAUUAAAUUUUAAUGAAUAACAAUAGACCAAAUAUUUCGUGUUUGUGUAAUACCAAAAUUAGUGCUUCUAUAUUGAAAGGUUUAGGUGCAAAGAAGGGUGAAUUAGAAGAAAAUCUUUUCAAAAAAUAAUUAAGAAUUUUAAAAACUAAUUAUUAAUAAAAAAUUAUUUCCUGCAAUUACUGUGAUUAUUUUUGUAUCAAAGAUUAAAAAUUGAAAAAUAGUAUGGUUUGUUAAAAUGAUCAUGAAAUUUAUAAGAAAUCUUAUUACAAAAAUUGA